GUGUGCAUCGCGUCAUUGUUUGUCAGACAGACUCAGAGCAAGGGAAGACGUUCAGUCUGUGAGACGUCUGGUAUUUCUCGUUUGUAUUUUGCAUGCAUUUCAAGCUUAAAUGACACCACUACUACAACUAUGACCGAAAUCUUUUCUACUUUAUUCGGCCAAAGCGAAACUCAAGUACCUCCGGCCUCGUCAAUAGGUUUUGGGCCAGGCAAACCUCCGCCACCCCUACCGCAAAAUCAAGUGUCAAUGCCGGCUCAGAUAGCACCACAGCACGGUGACGAAGGGCCUGCUGCUCUACGGAAACCAGGAGUCAUGAAUGAGCCCUUUUAUUUACUCCGGGAACUUCCAGCUGGCAACGAGUUGACGGGCAACACAAACCUUAUCACACAUUAUAACCUGGAACAUGCAUAUAAUAAAUUCUGUGGGAAGAAAGUCAAAGAGAAACUGAGCAACUUUCUACCAGAGCUUCCAGGCAUGAUAGAUGUUCCUGGUGGCCAGGAUGGAAGCUCACUCAGGUCUCUAAUCGACAAGCAGCCAGUUUGUGGAAACUCCUUUAGUCCUCUGACUGGAAAUCUCCUCACUGGCUUCAGACUCCACACUGGACCGCUUCCUGAACAGUACAGGCUGAUGCACAUUCAACCUCCAAAGAAGAAAAGUAAACACAAACACAGACAUCAUCGACCCCAGGACCCCAUCCCACCAGAGACACCCUCAGACUCUGAUCCCAAGAAGAAGAAGAAAAAGAGGGACGACGAUCCGGACCGCAAAAAGAAAAAGAAAGAUAAGAAAAAGAAGAAGAAUCGCCACAGUCCUGACCAUCCGGGCCUGGCCAACUCCCAGCUAGGAAGCAACAGCCUGAGAUAAACAGACAUGUACAGCUACCAUCCAACUCCCCUCCCCCUCCCAUCAGUGUUUGUGUGUUUGAGGAUGCGUGUAUUAUAUGAGAUUUUUGACAAAUGAAGAGACUUCAUUGAGAUCCUUGUACAAAUUACUGUAUUUACAUUUAAUCCAGUUUAAUAAACUUUUGAUUAUAAAAGUGUAAA